GCCAGUGAAUGCAAAGGUGUUGAAAUCUCCGGGGUCAUAAUUUUCCUACAGCACCUCCUUUAAAAGGGUGUGUUCGUUAUAAAUACACAAGUCUACUGAGUCUGCACACUUACUCCAUCCAGAAUUCAACAUGAUUAGGUAAACCUGUAGCUGAUGCCGAGUUGAAAUGGAUUCUUCAGACCCUUCAGACCCUUCAGAUGGACUGGCUGCUCAAAAUAAUCCUGCUGAAGAGAGAACAGAUCCUGUGGAGAAUGCUGACACGCUUCCUCAGAACAUUUCUCACGAAACAGCAGGACAGCUGCAACCAGACACACCGGACAUAGGAACAGAGAUCCAGGUGACAGCUGAGGCUACUUCAGAGAGAACAGGAGAAACUCCACAUGAUGGACAGAAACACACAACACUGACCGGCGAAUUAAAAGACGGUCCACCUGAGCAGGACGUUCCACUGGGGCUCCCCCAGAAUCUUCAAACUGAGGAGGGAUUUGAGGAUUUGUCUGUUCCACAAGAUAAAGGGUCAGACUGUGAGAAAUACAGGCUACAUUAUCGAGAUGAAAGUGGGACUGGGUGUAACAAUGAAGAAAUUUGUGUGAAAUUCUAUGCUGCUCUUCAGCAGGGAGUUGGUAAUCCACAUGAUAAGAUGCAUCUUAUCUUCUCAGAUGGAAUUAAAAUUGAGAUGAAUCCAAUAAGAACUGAUGGAACUGGCAGGAUGUUCAAACGUGUCCUUUUUCUUGACAAGAUACAUGCCCAAUAUAUUGGUUACAUAUAUUGUCUUACUGAUAAAAACGACAAAUUUGAAACCCUUGAAUAUGAAAAUCAGAAGUACAAGUACAGGAAAUUGUUCAGAGACAUCACUGAGAAGGAUAAAGUCUUUCACCAGUUUGAUGAUGUAUGCAUGCAACCAGAAACCUUGCUAAGUAAACCCCUAUGGUGGGGAAAAACUGUGGAGGUUACGACAAUACGAAGUGAAUUCAUUCAGUCCACAUUAACCCAGUUGAUGAAUUGCACAAAUUGCACAGAUUUAACAGAGAUGCGCACUACAGUUGAAUUUUUAUAUCAGUGUCUACAAACUAGAUGUAUUUUCAACCCUGAACUGGAGCCUGUAAAAUUGGUAAUAUCAUGGGACAAAAUAAAGUCAAAGGUGGAUGAAGCAUUUAAGUCUGCAGUUAAUGGGUUAAAAGAUACUGCUCCAGUUCAGUAUGUUCUUGCUGCAGCAGUUGUUGCAGAGGUUCUUGAAGUAUAUUCUGUAAGAGCUACACUUGAAAAGCUCUCUAAAAUUAUUGAAAAACACGGUGAGCUGCAGGCCAGUCUGACAAACCUGGAAGACUCAGAGGGAGGAAAAUUGUCUGAAGCUGUGCGCUAUAUGUUCAACAAGGCCUGCAAGCAGUCACCAGAAGCAGCUGUUUGGUUUAUGGCCCUGUUUUAUGCAAUAUCUCCAGAAUCUGUUCAGCUUUUAGCAGAUAUUCAGCAAGACAGGCUUCAAAAAUCAAGCGGGACCCUUACAAAAAUGAUCAAGACCCACUCUUCGGUGAUAAACAGAAACAGAGCAUUCAGAGCUGCUGUAUUAGGCAUGGCUAGUCUAGAACACCUUCAGCUCCUACUGAAACUCAGCAUUCCUCCAGAUGAACUCCUGUCACUGCUGUGUAAAUGGCAGCGUUCCUACAAAUUUCAUAAACUGCACGAGGCUGUGAAAACCGUUGCUUCCUGUAUUAAGGCGUGGCUAAAACAAAGUCAAGAAACUUCAACUUCAGAAAUACUGGAGAAGGAUGUACGCUCCUGCCUGGAGAAAACACUAAACAUCCUUGCAAACUCGGUGAAAGACACAGACUGGACAGAACACUGGAACAAUGUCCUGUCAGCACUGCAGCUUCUGAAUGCGUUCACUGACUAUUUGGACCAUCUUCCAGAUGAUAUGGACACAGAUGAUUACAGGACCACUUUUUCUGGUCUAAUGGAGAAAAUGUCUGCCUGCAUUUCAAGAUUCCAAAAAGACAACAGGACACUGUCAUUAGAUCACUGGACUCUGGUGUUUAAUCUUCCACUGCCAAGUAUUUGGCAAAAAGACUGGGAGGAAAUUUUAAAGAAACACUUCAAAGAAUUUCUGAAAAAGAAAAAGAUCACUGACCAAGUGAAAUACUACUGUGAUUAUUCUGGUGGUUGUCCAGCAAUGGAGGACUGCAUGUUAUUUUACUUCCAGGAUGCAAUUAACAGAUUAACAUCUAAGAACAACCAGAAAGGAUCGCAAUCUAGUUGGAAGGAUCUGUUACACUCUGCAUCAACAUCUCCUAAAUGUGGAAAUCUGUUGUCCUUCAUUGUCAAAAGCAAACUGCAUGAUCUAAAAUGGAACAGUGAGAACUACCUUUAUCUUCUGUAUGAUGAACAGCUGAGAGAUGUUUUUCUGAAAAUGCCACAAAAGCAGAUGGACAAUAUCAUCAUGGCACAUCUCCCAACAAAACAGCUAAUACAACAAGCUCAGAAGCUAAUGAACCAACUGACUGAGGAAAUGAGAAAUAAGUCAUUACCAUGCAGACUACUGAAUGAAAUGAUUAAAAGGAUCAAACAUGCCAACCAUUACUUCCUGGGACAGAACUGGGACACAUUUAGCAAGACAAUAAAGGAUGCAGAGAAGGACUUUAACAAUUUUGAAAGGUGGAAAAACAAAGUAAAGGUACUCAGUGACCUUAACCAAGGCAUGCCAGUUGAUGUAAAACAACUUGAGACAAUAUUGUCAAUCGAACUGGACAAAGAGGAACGAUCGCUGAAAACUAUCAUGGACAUGUUGAACAGCGACGAACCUGGAAGUGACACAUAUUUUAUUAAUAUUCAGGCAUUUGAAAAGAUUGAUUUUCUGUCUAAAAGCACAUAUUUCAAAGAACUGUGGCGAGAAACAGCAAAACAAGCCAAGGACACAGAGUUUAAAGAUAUUCCAUUAAUUCCACUGGAUCAAGUCUAUGAGAAAAUUUACAAACCAGCCUUUGAAGAAUUUCAAAACUCCUACAAGGCCUUGAGGGAUCUCUCAAUGACUCUACAGGACUUGGAGAAUAAACUGGGCAAAUACUUAGAGAGCAUGUCAAAAGAACUGAACACAAUGGCGGAUGUGUUCAGUGAAGAUAACCGUAAAUGGAUUCGCAAGACAGAAGAACACACUGAACGAUACAAAACUCUUCAGUCUGCAAAAGAAAAUGCAGAAGUGAUCAUUGAACUAAAAAAUAACCUUGGGCUGUGUGGAGAGUUUGGUGUCAUUGAGAACCUCAAGAAUAUGGACUGCAGUUGCUUGCGUGAUCUCACUGAAGAUGUGUCCCAAGUUGGAAACAAACUGAAGGAAAUUCUGAAGAAAACAACUAGCUUUCUAAGAGAAUUUAAUAAAUGCAUCAGACGAGGUUUCAUCUCAUGGAUUAAAGAAAUCAUAAAAGACACUGGAGAGCUAACUGCAUUUGUGGAGCUGGCCUCUAUCUCUGCUGGAGAAAAUGCCAUGGACAUUGAUAAAGUGUGCUGUUUCAGAGAUGCCAUAUCUGCUGCUGCACCACUCAUAUAUCAGCUGUCUGAAAAAUCUGGAACUGAAGAUCUCCUGCAAGCUAUCAACAAGCUUAAAUGUGCUUUGAAUAGUGACCAAAAACUGGAAGCUAAACUAAAAGACUCCUGUGCCAACAUGGAGUGGCUCAAAAUUGCCUACGAGACUCAUGGUUCUGUUGAGAGGUCGUCUUUGCAGCAGGCCACAGAUAUAAACGACAGCGGGAUUUACAUCAUCAAAAUUCCAUCUGAAGCUCAAACAAAGAUUAAACUGGAAAAUUGCCUCACCUUAAAGUGUAAGGAAAACUUGUCUAAUGUAGUGGAUGAAAAACACAGAACAUACAACCUUGCUGAGCUUCAAGAACUGCACAACAAACUGAUGCUGAUCACUGUCAGUGUUAAAAACCGAGAAGAUGAAAUCACAGCCUACACUGAGGUUUUGGAGCAGAUAAUAAAUGUGGGAGAGUGCUUCCUUGACCUCCGUGAUGCUGGACAUAUUCUCUUUCAAGACUGGGAGAUGACCGCCUACUGCCAAAAAGAACAUGAUAUUAAAAUAUGGGUAAAAUUUGGUAUUACAAAUGUAGAGAUCAAAGGUAAAAGGCCGCUGCUUGAUGAGUUGAAAGGACUGUGUGAAAGCAUGAGAAGCUGUCUCUCUGAAUGGUUAAAGUAUAUGGAGCUGAAAAGGAACACAUACUACUGCUUGAAUUACUUCACAGCAAAACAGCUAGUCUAUCUGUGUCGCUCUGUGGCCGAAUUUCGCAUUGAGUGGAAGAACAUUAGCACUAGUCUUCUUAACAUGUUAUCCAUCAUGAAGGACAACAUUAAUGAAAGUGACGUGCAAAAUGCUCUCCUCAGAGCACUCGAAACCCCAGUUGAAAGCGCUGGAUCCCAAGCAUCACUCGAGCUCAAGAAGUUCCUCAAUGAUUAUCCAGACAUGAUAGAGUAUUGUCUUGAGACUGGUUUUACAGAGGAACUGAUAAAAGCAGCAAUAAUCUUUUGUGAAGAAGAUGAGCAAGAAGCAGAAGGCAAUAGAGACACGAGGUCUAUAGAGGAGUACCGAGACAGUGUGAUGCAAUGCAUUGAUGAUCAUCAACAUGAUGAAGAAUGGGUCGAGGAAUGGUGUGAGAAAUAUGAGACAAGACGAGAUAAUGUCCUUAAAAAUCAAAUGAAAUUCAAAGGUGGACUCACGACAGAAGAAGAGUCAUUUUCCAUGACAGAGGAGCAGAUUGCAGCAGCAUUUGACCACUUGGAAAAUUCUGAUGAGAAGAUCGUUAUGCUUUGGAAGACAUACCACAACAAACUCUCAGGACUCGUAUCAGACAAGUUUGUCGACUUAGAUGUUCUUGGAGAAACCAUGAACCAUCUUGCCAAAUCUGCAGAAGUGACUGUGAAACGAAAAGUACCAAUCAGUUUGGAAAGAGGAAAGCCCAACCUGAUUUCCUGUAAAGAUGUUGAAAUGCUUCCACUUUGCUUAUCACUGUACAAUGAUAAAGAGCAGCCAUUGCCAACCUAUGAUGAAAUUCUGGUCUGUACCUCUGAGACGACUGCAGAAGAGGUGGAACUGAUCAUCAGGAGAGCUGUAGAGCCUGGCAGCACACAUGAGAAGAUCUACUGCUUACUGAAUGCAGACAAACUAAAUCAUGAUGUGUCUCGGAGAUUCGAAUCCAUUUUUUACAAAAAAACUCAGGAGGCACAUGUCCAGGGAGGCGUGUUUAAGAACGAUUACCAAUUAAUUAUUUUCUGUGACUCCAAGGCAUAUCACAGUUAUGUUGCCACGGCUUUUGACAUGUUUAAGAGGACAGUUACUGAGAAUCACAAUCAAAACGUGGAAAAUAAACAGUACCUCCUACACAAGCACCAAGCAUCCUCAGAAGGUGGAACUGCAUUUACAGAAUUGAACCAACCUGACAAAUUUCAGCUGAAAACCAAACUCAUUUUCUCAGAGCAUGCAGGCAUGGGAAAAUCCCUGUAUGUGAAAAAUCUUGUGAAAGUGUCUGAAGAAAACCUUAGAAGUGCAGGAUUUACUCAUAAAACAAUACGGAUAAACCAGUCACACCUGAGGACUGAGGACAUUGCCUCUCAGCUGCGGCAGUAUGAGGACAAACCCACGGACAGAAUCCCAAGAAUCUUUCACUUUGACAUUCCUCCUGUGGUGACCAGAGGACUGUACACCUUUCUGCUGCAGCUGUUUGUGUUGAGGAGUUUCCAGAGCCCUGAUGGGAUCAUAUGGAGAUAUAAUGACUCCCAUAUUUAUUUGGUGGAAUACACAAAGCGAAAGCACAGGGAAUGUGACCGGCACAGCUCUGAGAUUUCUUCUCAAGUAGAAGAUGCAUUUUUGGAAAUGUUGCCAACUGUGAAGUGUCUUUCCCCUGAGGAAACCCUGAGACACCUAGAGCAGAAAGGAUCAGAUGAUAAAGACUACCAGCUCAUGGAUGACAGAGAGUUUCGUAGUGAAGCCUUUCAGCGCACUUACCAGUACUUUAAAAUCUACAGACAAAAACAAGACCAACUGGAGGGCUUCUCUUUCCGUCCAGGAUCUGUUGAAGAUUCACCAAAGGAAUGGUUGGAGUGUCUUCUGCAGUUCUGUGACAUUAAAAACCCAUCUUGGGGAGAACUGAGAAACUUCACACACUUUCUCAACAGCCAGCUGAAGAAAUGUGAGCAGUCUAUUUUUUGUAGCCCUGCUCUAAAAGAUGACCUGACAGGCUUUAAAAAAUUUGUUGUGAAAUUCAUGAUGACAAUGUCCAAGGAUUUUUCCAUGAGAUCUCUGAAGACAUCGGAUGACAGUGACGAGAAAGCAGAAGAUGCAGCAGCAGAAGACACGGUUCUCGAAGAAUUUCAGCUCCGAAGACGAUGGGAACAACAGGCACAUCCUUACAUCUUAUUCAAUGCAGAUAAUGAGUCCAUGACAUUUUUAGGGUUCCACAUUCACAAUUUAGAUGCAGUUGAUGCUCGGACUAAAGAGGUGGUGGAAAAGAAAAUUAUUGAUAAGAGACUUUUUAGCCAGUUAAAGGCACAAAGAGUGCCAUUUAACAUUAACUUUGAGGAAAUGGACCGUGCUGAACAGCUUGCUAUUGUAAGCAGAGUGUUAGGAGUCAGUAGCCUGUAUGAUCCAGAUGAUACGUAUCAGUUGACUUUAGAUAACGUGAUGAAAAUCCUUGCAAUUCACCUUCGAUUUGAAUCGGACAUUCCUGUGAUCAUCAUGGGAGAAACAGGAUGUGGAAAGACCCGGCUGGUCCAGUUCAUGUGUGACCUGCUGAGAUCAAGAAAGGAGAGACAAAACCUGAUUGUGGUGCGAGUGCAUGGAGGCACAUCAACAGAGGUCAUUUACCAGAAAGCGAAGAAGGCAAUCGAGAUCUCAAAGGACAACGAAAAGUAUGAUUUGGAUACAGUUCUGUUUUUUGAUGAAGCUAAUACAACAGAGGCUGUUAAUGCAAUCAAGGAGGUGAUGUGUGACAAGACUGUGAAUGGAGAACCGAUCGAUGCACCUCGCCUUAAGAUCAUUGCAGCAUGUAAUCCCUACAGGAAGCACUCAGAGGAGGCCAUAGAGCAACUGGAACGAGCUGGACUAGGAUACAGAGUCAGAAGUGAGAAUACGGAGGAGAAACUUGGGCAGAUACCAAUGCGGCAGCUGGUCUACAGAGUUCAACCAUUACCACCAAGCCUUACUCCUCUGGUGUGGGACUUUGGGAAGUUAAAUGAGCACACACAGGAGCUCUAUGUCACACAGAUGAUCAAGACUUUCUUUUGCAAAGAAAAGCUUCCCAAUGCUGGACAUCAGGUUUUAUUUACAAAGGUAAUCUCCGCCUCUCAGAAGCAUAUGGCAGAGUUAACUGAUGAAUGCAGGAUGGUCAGUCUCAGAGACAUAGAGCGAUGCUUGAAAACUGUCAUGUGGUUUUAUCAACAAAGGCACAAAUUAUUUAAGGAAAUCAACAAAAUUAGAGGAAACAAAGGAGGCAUUGAUGAUGAUCUGGUUCGGUCUCUUAUACUUGCAGUCGCCGUCUGCUACAUGGCUUCACUGGAGAAACGAAAUGAGUACUUGAAACAAGUUUCAGAAGCUUUCUCUCUGUCCUGCAGUGAUAUUCUGACAGAGAUUGAGCUUUGUAAAGAUGCAUUCAUCUCAAAUAUUGACUGUCCAUCUUCAGUGGCAAAAAAUGAAGCUCUGAAAGAAAAUGUAUUCAUGAUGGUUGUGUGCAUGAACUUAAGAAUCCCUUUGUUUCUGGUUGGAAAACCUGGAAGCUCAAAAUCUUUGUCCAAGACAAUUGCUGCUCAUGCAAUGCAGGGCAAGGCUUCUGCAAAUGAUCUUUUUAAAGGAUACAAGCAGGCACAGCUGGCCUCAUUCCAGUGCAGCCCACACUCAUCUCCUGAGGGGAUCAUCUCAAUAUUCAGGCAAUGUGCACAGUUCCAGAAAGACAAAAAUUUGAAGGAAUAUGUUGCUGUGGUAGUCCUUGAUGAAAUUGGAUUAGCUGAAGACUCUCCAAAAAUGCCACUGAAAACAUUACACCCCCUUCUGGAAUACGGAUGUGUUGAUGAUGAAAGUCCAGAUGAGUUCAAGAAAGUUGGAUUUAUUGGAAUUUCCAACUGGUCAUUGGAUCCAGCAAAGAUGAAUCGUGGUAUUUUGGUUCUGAGAACAUCUCCUGAGACAAAGGAACUGGAAAACACAGCUUGUGACAUUUGCUCAAGUGUUAAGGAACCAGUCAAUACAGAGAUUAGAUUUUUGAUUCCAUAUCUUACCCAGUUCUACUUGAAAGUGCUUAAAGAACAGAAAAGUGAAUUCUUUGGACUCAGGGAUUUUUACAGUCUUGUAAAGUUGCUUAUGUCUUAUGCCAUUAAAGCAAAUGGCCGUCCAUCAGAUGAAGAUCUCACCAGAGCUGUGCAAAGGAAUUUUGAUGGUUUGGAUUCUCUCAAUGUUCUGGAAAUAUUUUCUACUAUUUAUAAAUCAAGAACUAAUACAUGUGACACAGUCUCACUGCUCAGAGAAAACCUGGACAUAGGGACUUCCGGAUUUACUUCCAGGUACCUUCUGCUGCCAACAAUCAAUCACUCUGCUCUUCAGAUUUUAAAAUCCCAGAAGAUCAUUGAUGAAAGCAAUGUUGAAAUCAUCUUCGGUUCAGGAUUUCCACAUGAUGAGGAAUACUCUCAGGUUUGUCGCACAGUAAACAGAGUAAAAACAUGCAUGGAGACAGGAAGGUCAGUUAUCCUUCUCAAUAUUCAGAGCCUUUAUGAGAGUCUCUAUGAUGCUCUGAAUCAGUGCUACGUAAAAUUAGGUGGGAGUUACUAUGUCGACCUGGGGCUAGGGUCCCAUAGAGUUAAAUGCAGAGUCAAAGACGAGUUUCGACUGAUUGUCAUUGAAGAGAAGAGAACAGUGUAUGAGCAGUUCCCAACACCGCUGCUGAAUCGACUGGAAAAACACUGCUUGGAGAUGACUAAUAUUCUUCCAGACUAUGCUCAAGACAUGAAGACUGAAUUGGAGGACUGGCUAAACUUAUUUGUGACACAGGAUUCAAAUGAAAGUGAGCAGCUCAUCACCACCAGGAAAAAGUACGACUCUAUAGUUGGCUACACAGAAGACACAUGUGCAUCUAUCCUUCUGGAGUGCUGUCCACAAAUAUUGUUCCAGGAACUGGAUCAAGAUGAGAGAAAGGAAGUUCUUGAAAAGGCCCAGGAAAUGCUUCUUCAGUGUGCAACUCCAGAUUCAGUUUUGAGAGCAACAAACUACAUGGAGGAAAGUUCUGAGAGAUUUCUAGAGGUGUAUUUUGCAAAGCAGUCACAUGGCAACCUAAUAGAGGCUUUAAGAAAAUACAGAGAGACUGAAACCGAUGGAGUUUGCCUUGAGGUAUCUACAUAUUCUCGACUGCUCAAUAAAAGAGAUGUGGAGAAAAUCAAUAAGGAGCUUGACAUUGUAGAGAGUGAUUCCUGUCUCUUCCUGCUGAAUGAAUUUUACACAGAGCAGUCAUUUUCUCAGACUGUGAGUGAAUUUCUUGCCCCUGAUGCAGGAGCACGCAAACUCCUGCUACUGCAGUCUUACUUUAAUGAUCCAAAACAAAGUCAGCGACUUCUCUUCUGUGUGAGACACAGCAUUUCACGGAUCAAACGUUCAGUCUCACAUGGAUCUGCCUUUGACGUUGUGCUUCUUACAAGGCUCCCUCGGAUUUCAGGAGGCUGUGGAUAUAUUGCUACAUUUGGAGAUGGUUGGGUUUCACUACACAUGGAUGAACUAAUUGUAAGUCCAGGAUUUCCAGGAGACAUUUAUGAUCUGCAGCAAUGCAUGACUGUCUCAGAAACGCUCACAAAAUGUUCCAUCUCUGCAGCAGACAAUCCUGACAUGGAUAGUUCGAAAACCACAUUUUCUGAAAAACAGCAUGUCUUGGUUGACACACACUUGUUAAUGAAGAAGUCUUUACAGAAGGGUAUUAUGCAGCUGUGUGACAAAGCAGAUAACACUCAGAGAGCAACAAAACGUAUAGAGAUUCUCCAUGGGCUGCUACAAAACAAAUACUCAGUAUCUGAUUCUUUCAUUAAGUCACUGGAAAGGAGAAUAGUCAGUUUCCUUUCAGAGCUGGAAAAAAGGAAAGGAAAAGAGAACUGGGUUGUUGCUCAGGCACUUUCUGGUCGUUUUGUUGCUGAAGGCAGUUCAUUCAGGCAUGUGCUGUGGGUUCAUCUGGAGGACAGUGUAGCCUUGGCCCUAGCUCACAUACUGGCAGUCAUUGAUGGAGACAAUAACCUAGAUAAUCUGAUCAAUGAUCAGCUGCUGGAGAAGACUGACUUCUGGCUGAAUGUAUUUCAGGAGGAUCAGUGGGAUCUGCUGCACAUUCCAGUCACUACCUAUCAUGGGCAGGUAUGUGUUCUGUCAACAAGUGGAGACCAGACAAAGUCAUGGACUUGUCAUUUCCCAUUUAGCUGGGCUUUAAAAGAGAGAUUUGAGGAGAUUUGGUCAGGUGUCAUUAAUCUGGAAGGACCAUGUGUUAAGCCUUCCAAGAGGCACUGUGAGAAGUUUGAAGAACUGAUACCGCUCCCCUGGAUUAAAAACAUCACACAAGGCCAUAAGCUGUUUGCUCUGUUUUCUGAAGAUCUUGUAAACAUCUCAAUGCCAUCGUAUCCACAUGAGCUAAAUAAGUCUUUUUCAGAUACACUCACUAGACUCACACCACGUGUCUAUCACAGUUUAACGGGAAAUGAUCCUGGCUCUGUUCCUCUGCCAUGGCUGUAUGUAGUUAAUAAAUAUAUGCAUGACAACCAUCAGCUUUUGUACAGUUUAUUUUCCCAAAACAAGGAUGUGGUCACUGCAGGGGAAGCAACUGAGGCACUCAGCCAGGUACUUCAGGACCUUCAGCCAAAAGAAAGUGAGCUGAAAGACUUUGUCAGCUGCCAGGACUGGCUAAAGAAAGUGAAGUCCCUGUCUGUGACUGUUGACUUGAUCUGUUCAGAGGACUCACUGGUGGCACUCCAUGCUGAAAAUGCAGAAAUACUAAUCACAAAAAUCAGACUUAUUUGGCAAAGUACCCGGAUAAUCUAUCUUCUAAUGGACCACCUCCUACAAAACGAGCAGGAAAUGGAAAAAAAACUACUGACCUUUCUUGUAAGAAAUCUGUUGUUUGCAUGGAAGAAACUAAACUCAGAAGAAGGAAAACAGAUGGAAUUUGUGAUUGAUCAUGUCAUCGCGACUCUGGCUAAAUGUAGCAAGAAUGCUUGUAAUGUGUUCAAAGUCGUAUGUGGCUACUGUGAUAAAGACUUCACAGAGGACGACACAGCUGAGGUGGAAUGUGGACACAUGUUUCACAUAUCUUGUUUAAAGUCACAUGAAGACACACAGUGUAGGAAGUGCAAAAAACAGAUCAGUCAAGAUUACAAACCUUGUGGAGUUGUGGCUAAAGACACCUUUCUAAAAGUGAACAGAUUUAGAAGAAAGUGCAAUUCCUUCUUCGUGGAGUUCAUGUGGAACUUCAUUAGCAGCAAAGAGCAACUAACUGACAAUGUACUGAACAAACUCAUGGACUAUGUAAGCUGUAGCCCAUCUACAGAAGCUUCCAGUGAGAGGUCCACAUUACAGCAGUACAUGAACCCAGACCCGGCUGUCCAGUCUCUCGUACUCAAGAUCCUACUGAAAUGCGGAAUGGAGGAAACAGCACCUCAGCUCCAGAGGUUCAUUGAAGAGGCUGUGAAAUCAAACGAGAGGAAUGCUAAUGAAAUCUACUUCAUGGUGAUGCGCAGCAUCGAGGAUCACAUCCACUUUUCCAGUCAAGGAUCUCUUAUCAACAAGGCAAGUGAAUGUCUUCGUACCUGUGUGUUGAACAAAUCUGACCAGAACAUGAUUUCUGAGGAUCUCCACACCAUCGCAAAGCUGCGGUUUGCCAUCACGGUUGCCUCUGAGGCCAUCAGGAGUGUACUGACUGAAGAGGUCACAGACCAUGCUGAAGAGUGCAGACAGCUCUUCCGAAACUUGCAACAGCUUUUGUCUGACACAGACAAUCCGUGGAUACAGAUAUUUCUGUUACGCAACAUCUGUGAGACGCAUGGAUUCAGCCUCGUCCAUCAGCUGGGACAGAGUGAAAAGUUUCAGUGGACUAUACCAAGUCAGGUGUUACAAGAACAGCAGGACAUGUCUACACAAUCAGUGGAUCAGUUCCUGGUCUAUGGACAAAUGUAUGAGAAGAUAACUGCCGACUCGUUCAGAGCUCUAGAAGAGCCUUCACACGAGAUUGCACAGGAGUUUGAUGAAAGCGCUGUGUGUUUCCGAGUGUGUAUGGCAUUAGCUGCAGUCAGACAGGCCUCACAGAAUACAGCCUCAACCAACAGUACAGGCUCUCUGAUCUCCAAGAUGCGGAUGAAGUCAAACACAGACCCUAGCUGGGGACAGCUUGUUAAAAUCUGUGAAUCAGAGCUGGAGGAUUUCAGUCUGUCUCAGAUUAUUUUACACACUGCCCUAGUAGCACAAGUUUCUACAGCGCCAGAGAUGAAACUGCUGAACGCUCUGUGCUUCAGUCCAGGAAAAUGCAAGGAUUCCUUCAUCCCAACUAUGCCUAACUCAGUAAAUGAAAUAAAAGACUGGAUUAAAAACUGGGCUGAGGAUGCCAAGAAAUCAGCAGCUCAUGCAGAACAUCUGAAAAUAUGGGUGUGUCGGUGUGGGGAACCUGUUUUAAUUGGCAAUUGCGGGGAACCGUGGGUAAAAUCAGUGUGUGCUAACUGUGGCAGUGAUGUCGGUGGUGGGGGACACAAACCAGUAGAAGGUUUCACAGAGUUUAAUAAUGCACAGGGCAGCGGAAGAGGUCACAACCUUGGGGAUCCUAGCAGUCGGAAGGAGCAGGUUGGAGAGAGGGGUCUUUAUGGUGCUAACCUUCACUUGGUGCGAGUUUUAAUACACUCCUCUAUGAUCUGGGGUACGACUGAACACACUGAGGAGGUUCAGAAUCUCACUGAGAUGCCACAAGAAGCACACGAUGUCAGGAAGCACCUCCUUGAUCACCUCCAGAAGGACAUUGAGCUGCUCGCCCAAGCUUUAGGAAAGAGUGAGCAAGAUGCUGAGAUGACCGUCCACUUGUUUCUGAAGUUCAUCUUGGAGAGCUCCUCUGAGUCCAACAUCCAGAUCCAAAUAAUAGACAGUGAGGAAAAACGGGAAGAAUGGGAGAAAGUCAUUCACCAAAGACUUCAGGCCUUCUUUCAGAAUUUGGAGGCAGAGUUAUUGGAGGUGCAGAGUAAUAUGCUCGGAUUUGCUGGCAUGGGUACUUUGCAAAAAAUGAUCUACAGUAAGGAGCCAGCGCUGAAGGACCAGCCAACCUCUGGAGUGUUCAACCUUCCACUGAUGUGGAGCUUCACACAGAGGAUGACCAUCCAACGCUUCAGUCAUUUAAUUGAGCUGAAGGAUGAAAGGAAGAAUGUUCCUCUGCUCUCAGAACUCCUGAAAAGUCAUGCUCACAUUCGACACAUCAGAUAUCUCCCUCAGGUUCUGAGCCUGCAGCAGAAACUGAUGUGCUAUUUUGUGAAUCUGGAUCUGCAGUGUUAUAAUAAUGUGCCCAUUAACACCUUCAGGAAGGAGAAUGUGGCAGAUCAUGAGCAACAGACCUUCAGCGAAAGUGCUGAAAUUGUGAAGUUGUUAUGGAAACAUCUAAAAUCAAUUAAUUACCCACAGUUAACACCCGAGCUGAAGGAAAAAGAUGACCUCAUGAUUCUGGACCUCCUGCCGACCAAAGGCUCUGUGGUUCAGAUUAUAACAAAGUACCUCGUCCAGAUGCAGAACAACUACAUCGAGAAGACCAACCCUACAGCAGACAGGCUAAUCACUGCUAAUGAGCUCAAGCCUUCCCAUGUCAUCACCUGUGUUCCUGAGCAAGACUUCCUCACUAUUGCCAUUUCAAACAUCGACCAUGUGGUGUACGAGGACGGGAAACACAGCACCAACUAUAAUUUUAAAACUGUGGAGAGGCAGAUUAUCGAUCGAUUCUUCAAAGAGAAACCCAUGAUCAAAAUCACUACGGUUCCAUUAUUUAAGCAUGACUCGGGAACAACACUGCGUGCCUUUUUCAGCACAGUGCAGGACAAGCUGGAACCCUUAAAGACCAAUGACAGGAAUUGCAUCAUGAAUGAUUUCCGGUUUUUGAAUGAGAUUUCUGCAGCUCUUUCCACUCUACGGAUUGUUAUUGGAUUUAUGAAGCUGUCGUUUCCUGCACCAGAGCAGAAGCUCAUGGCAUACGUGAAGAAAGACCUGAAACUGGACGACAGAGCACAGACACUGAACUUGCAGGUGCUGAGAUCCAGCCAGGUGAAGCACAUCCAGGAUCUGUGGGAAGCGUUAUCACUGAGACAGUCAUCACUGCUCAUCGAAAUGAAUCAGAAUCCUUUUAUCAUGAUUGAGGAUCGCAGUUUUCAUGAGAUGUUCACAGGAGAUCAGAAGAAUGAAAAGACAGUUCUGGCAAAUAUCACUAACCUGGAUGUCCUCAUCACCGAGCUUCACUACGUGAUCCUGAACAUCAAGCUCAAAGCUGUCCAUCCAAACUGGACAAUUCUGGAAACAUUUGAAGCGUUCCUGGAUAACGGAGAGGUCAGCGAGAAGGCUGUGGAGUGUCUGAAGGAUCUUUCACAUGUGGAGAUGAGAAACAGCAUCGCUCUGUGGAAACUAGCAGUGCAGAUCAAGAAAGGGUUAAAAAACAGUGAAUCUGUGUGAAGUGAAGCUGGAGCACACGUGUUUCCACUAGUUAAUCCACAUUAAUACUAUAAAGAUUCAUUUUCUUUCUUUAACAUUAAUUGCAAUCAGAAUUUCUUAUUUUAUCCUGCAUUUAAACUAGAACAGAAAGGAACAAGCAUAAAAUUCUAAAAGUUCAAUUUAAUAUUAAUGCUGUUUGAUAUUAAAAUCUUGAAAUUCCACCUUUGAGGGAAAAAACUUGAUUAUGAAUUUCUUUUUAGAAGGAUUUCAGGAGGGUUUAUUUGUUGAGGGUAAUCAUGAUAGCUUCUAAAAGUUUACAAAAUGUGUGAGGCUUAAAUACAUUUAGGAUUUGGGGAGAUUCCUGUUUUCUUUUUCUAUUGCUGUCAUUAAUUGGGUGGU